AUGUAGAAUAAAACACAUAAGAGUAAGGCAAGAAAGUAAAUACAUAAUGACAUUGAGUUAGCUGAUGUUACCUCCUGUGAUACUACUGAUGACUCAAAGGACGAGUAAUUGAAAUAAAUUUAGCAGUCAUACCAAAUUGUAUCUUAAAAGAUUGAUGAAUCUACUAAUAAUAAUUCUGAACUUGUGAGUAGAGAUCUAUAGACUGUUGAAGAUUAACUAUCUAAAAAAGACAAAAUUAAGCCGAUAAUUGGAAUGAUUUUUGCAAUGGGGUCUAUAGUCAGCGUUGCAAUCACUAUGUAGGUAUUUAAAAGACUUUAACAAGCAAACCCAGAAUUUACUACAAUUGAGUUAAUGAUCGUUAGAGGCUACUCACAAGCAUUUUUUCAAUUUAUCCAAUAUAAAAUAAUGAAGGUUAAAUAAUAAACCUUAGACAAACAGCAGAAAUCUCUUAUUGCAUAAAGGACUAUUAUAAAUAUUAUAACUAUGUAUGCUUAUUGGUAUGCUCUCUAAUAUCUAUAGAUGGCAGUACUAUCUAGUAUAGUCUUUUUAAUACCUUUCAUUACCCUGAUUAUUGGGUAUUUUACUCUUAGAGAAACCUUGAAAUUUACUGAAAUUAUCAACAUGAUAUUAUCUUUUGGGGGUAUGCUUUUAAUUGUAUGUUUUCAAGAGAAAUAAAAUAUUCAAAAUGAAGAUUAAAGCUCGAUGAACGUUGAUCAAUUAACUUAUUAUAUCUCUAUAUUAAUUGCUUUUGCUCAAUCGUUUGGAAUGGGUUAUGUGUAUAUAUUAAUAAGGAAACUCAAGGCUGUGCAUUUUACUGUAAUUAAUGGUAUCUAUGGCAUCGUACUAUCAAUUGUUUCAACGAUCGUGUGGUAUUUAUGUAGGAAGUUGCCCAACCCAGAAAUAGAAUAUAACUUCGACUCUUACUAAAUUAUACUUUUAGUUAUCACUGGAAUAUUUGGUAACCUCACUAACCAAUUGUAAAUUAUAGCUUUGCAAUAUGAUAAAGCAAGCAGAAUAGCUGCCUUGAAUUUCUUCUAGGUGCUAUUUUCAUUUGUUGGUGAUAUUGUAUUCUUUGGAUAGACCUUUAGCUAUAUGUAAUUUGCUGGUGCUAUCCUCAUUGGCUGCUGCUCAUCUGUAAUAAUGUUGAUGAAGUAUUUAAAUUACUCAGAAUGA